GUAGAUUACAAUUAAACAACAAGAAUGAUAAAUUCACAAUUAAUUUCCAUUUUCGGCAUAUUCGAACACUAAUUACAUUUUGCGCACUCCAAUAAAACUCCAAUCAUAAAUGUACAAAAUUACCCCUUUUCAAAUAAAAUCCAAAAUUCAUAAUCUUUGCGUAAUUUUCAGUUACUAAAGGGUAUUAUCGUCAAUUCAUGACCAACCCAUUUCAUAGUUUUCCCUCCUCCUUCCCUCUUCUCUGCAACUGUAAAACAAAGAGCAAAAAUUGAACAAAUUCUCUACUGUUAGUUAGUAAAUUUCGAAGAGAAGAAAACCCUUUUUCAUUUUAAUCCAAAAUUUCUUCAAUUUCACUUCAAACAUAAAAAAUAAAAAAACAUUUUUUGGGGGUUUUUGUUUUUUUGAGGAAUUUUGAUGGUUUAUUUUUGUGCUGUGCAUGCAGAAUUACUGAGGAGCAGUAAUGGCGUCGAUGAAAACAAAAUUAGCAGAUAAUUUGCAGCAAAAAUUACACCCAAAAAAGGGUUUAAUAGUUUCUGGGUUUGGAUUAUGUAUUGCUGCUGCUUCAUUCAUCAUUUUCUCUCUCUUAAUCUUGAUUCCCAACAAAAUUACACCAACAACUUCCAUGGUUUCUUGGACUUUCUCACUCCCAAACACGCCCUUAACAACUUCAACUGAGAAUCUUGGGAAUGGGAGUGAAAGUGGGACCCACUUUGAAAAUCUUGAUUUGAAGUUGAAGAAUGUGAGUUUCCAUGGUUUGGAAGAAGAAGAAGAAUCAAGGGUUUUCAUCAAUGUUUCCAGAAACAGUCUAAAUAUUGAUAAAUUGGGUUUGAGAAAUUCUGGGGUUUUGAGAAAAGAUUGUGAUAUUUUUGAUGGAAAAUGGGUUAGAGAUGAUGAAUUACCACAUUACCCUCCUGGGAUUUGCCCUUUUAUUGAUAGAGAUUUUAAUUGUCAUCUUAAUGGGAGACCUGAUGAUGGGUAUUACAGAUGGAAAUGGCAGCCAUUUGGGUGCAACAUUCCUAGACUAAAUGCCACUGAUUUCUUGGAACGAAUGAGAGGAAAGAAGCUGGUUUAUAUUGGGGAUUCGUUGAAUCGGAACAUGUGGGAGUCUCUUGUUUGCAUUCUUUGGCAUAGUAUUAAAGACAAGAACACGGUGUAUGAGGUAUCCGGGAAGAGGGAAUUCAAAAAGGAGGGUAUCUACGCCAUCAGAUUUGAGGACUACAACUGUACUAUUGACUAUGUUAGAGCUCCCUUUUUGGUCAGGGAGUCCACAUUUCAGAAGAAUAAUGGAUCACUAUCAACGUUAAGGCUCGAUUUAAUGGACGAAACAACUCAAAUGUAUCAUGAUGCUCAUAUUCUAGUCUUCAACACAGGUCACUGGUGGACCCAUGAGAAAACUUCUAGGGGGGAAGAGUAUUAUCAAGAAGGAGAUCUUGUUCAUCCUCGACUUAAGGCUCUUAAGGCUUACAGGAAAGCCCUUGCUACUUGGGGCAGAUGGGUUGACAGGCAUAUUGAUUACAAGAAAACUCUGGUUUUCUUUAGAGGAUAUUCUGGCACUCAUUUCAGAGGAGGUCAGUGGAAUUCGGGAGGGCAAUGCCAUAAGGAAACUGAACCCAUCUUCAACGAGACUUACUUAGGGAAAUACCCUUCAAAGAUGAGAGCUCUUGAGCAAGUUUUGGGGAAAAUGAAGACCCCGGUGAUGUACUUAAACAUAAGCAGGCUCACAGACUACCGAAAGGAUGCUCACCCUUCGAUUUACAGAAAGUCAUAUGAGAGUGAAGAUGAGCGAAUUGAGGCCGAGCAAUCACAAGAUUGCAGCCAUUGGUGCUUGCCUGGUGUGCCUGACUUAUGGAACGAGUUACUUUAUGCUUCUCUCCUGAAGGUUGGAUGGGGAUCCCAAAGUCAAGGAACUUGACUUUGAGCAUGAAUUGUGUUUAAAAAAUACUUCCAUGAUAGCUUUUAGAUCAAGUGUCGUAAGGUGUGUGAUUGGAUGAUGUUAUACAAUUGUAAAUUACAUAUAACUAGCUUCUUGAAUUGCACCCAGCUUCAGAAUAUACAUAGGUACAUUCUGUAACAAUUUACAUGUAUCUUACAGAAUUUUUCAACAAGCAUAAACAGGUUGCAAAUUAUGUAUUUGAAAUGUGGUACAGAGCCGUUUUAGUUUAGAAUUGGAAACAAAGCUUUACUCAAUGGUCUGCUUUUGAUAUAAAUAUAAUGAUCCAACCAAACAAGUUAUCGUUGGUUACUACUACUACUACUACUACUCAGUUGAAUAAAAAAAAAAAAAAAACUACUACUACUACU